GUUUGAGGGGUGGGGUGGGUGGGGAGGGGGGACGGGCAAUCACGUGCGCGGGACUGCAAGUGUGGAUGCGGGAACAAGUGAAAGUGGGACCACUAUCGCUUUCUCCUCUCCUUGCAGCACCUCCGCCCUGUCGGAAGUGUUUUCAUGCUCCUGCUCACCCGUGGAGGAGAACAAGGAGAGAAGAGUGGGGAAGAAGAAGAAGGAGAAGAAGAAGAAGAAGAAGAAGAAGAAGGAGGAGUUCUCCCGAGGCACGGCCACCACUCCUCCUCGCCUUUUGGAGCUCGGUCCUCUCCCCCGUCCUGGCCCUGCAUGGACGGGGAUGGGGAGAACCGGAUGCUGUUGCAGCGGGGCUGAGCGCCUCGCCUCCCCGUCUCUGGUGCGCCGUUUCCGGCCACUGCUGCUGCUGAUAAUCGCUCUGACCUCCGCUGCCCGCAUAGGUCAGUCCCAGGUGAUCACCCCUCAGUGUCGCAUCCAGAAGUGCACCACCGACUUUGUCUCCCUGACCUCCCACCUCACGCUGGCUGUGGAUGACUUUCACGUAGAAUUCUGCAAAGCUCUGCGGGCUUACUCGGCUUGCACGCAAAGGACGGCAAAGUCCUGCAGGGGCAACCUGGUCUUCCACUCGGCCGUGCUGGGCAUCUCAGACCUCAUGAGCCAGAGGAACUGCUCCCGAGACGGCCCGACUUCCUCCACGUACCCUGAGGUCCGCCAUGAGCCGUGCAACUACUACAGUCGCACUCAGCAUGUGCACGCCCACGCCCACACUCGCAACCACAGUCACACAAGGCCCGGAUUCCUUUUCUGCGGGCUGUUCGGGGACCCCCACUUGAGGACAUUCGAGGACAGCUUCCAGACUUGCAAGGUGGAGGGGGCGUGGCCUCUCAUCGAUAACGACUAUCUGUCGGUUCAGGUCACCAAUGUUCCAGUGGUCACGGGCUCCUCUGCCACGGCCACCAAUAAGAUCACCGUUAUCUUCAAGCCCUAUGAGGGUUGCACAGACCAAAGGGUCUACCAGGCCGUGACAGACAACCUACCCGCCGCCUUCGACGAUGGCACCGUGAGCAGCGGAGACCCCAUCCACAUCUCCACGGGGAGCGACGGCGCCACCGGCAAAGUGAGGGCCCUUUGGAUCUCAGAGCGCAGCCCGGGUCACCACGUGGAGCUGCACGCGGGCUACAUCGGCGUCACGGUGAUCGUCCGACAGCUCGGUCGCUAUCUGACCCUGGCGGUGCGGAUCCCCGAGGAGCUGGCUCAGGCUUACGACGCCAGCCGGGACCUGCAGCUGUGUCUGAACGGCUGCCCCAGAGCGGAGCGCAUCGACCGCGGCGGCCACCUGCCCCUGUCUCCGCCUUCGGUCGGCCUUCGGUUCCAGCCUCCGCACGGGCCCAGAUAUUCUUCACAGACGCGGUUAUCCUCCCACGGCGACAGGCAGGUCUUCACCGCGGAGGCGGCGAAGGAACGCUGCCGGGACCAGCUGGAGGUGCGCGACAUUUACUUCCACUCCUGUGUCUUUGACCUGCUUACCACUGGCGACGCUAACUUCACCGUGGCGGCAUACAGCGCCCAGAAAGACAUGGAGAGUCUUCACCCGCACAGAGACAGAUGGAGGAUCUACCCCGGAGGUUCGGCCGCCUCCACCUUGUACGCCCAACCUUUGCGACUCCUCACUCUGUUUCUGCAUUUUUGUACCCUCAGCUUGGUGUAAGAGCGGUUGUCCUGCAUGUACGUGAAGGGCACUAACGAGAGCACUGGUGCCGACUUCUGGUUCCUCGCUUUAAACACGAAGCGUUUGCUUUUGCAGGUGGUGACACACCUCGAAUAGCGGUAACACUUCCAAGCUUUCUUCAUCUUUCGAGCAGAAGCCACAUUUGAAAAUGACUUAAAAUGUUGGCGUGUAGGUGAAAAAUGACGCAUCACCCAAUUUGUAAAUAAUGUUUUGGUCUUUCUAGCACAGUGUAAUAGUGUAGAGUGUUUUUUUGCAAAUGGAAUUUCUUUGUGAUUUUUCUUCUUCUUAGAAGCACUUUAUUUAGAUUUUUCGCUCGUUCAAAUCCACAUCAGUGUUUCUUACUCACGCGACUACAAAGUUCCUUCACCAACACUUUCUCUGGCAGAGUUACAAGUUGCCGAUUUUUUUUUUUUUACAAUGACAAUACAUCAAUCUCACAGGAGCUGACUGUAUGCAGUAUCAUGUUUUAAGUGUAAUGUGAAUUGUUAUCUUUUGAAUGUACUAAAAACAUUAGCUUUUUUUCCUCCGCAGUGCUUAUUUCCACAUGUGCGCGUGUGUCAGUGUUUUUUGAUCCAAUUGCUGACUUGCCCGGAUGUGUUUCUGCUUCCUCUGGGAGUCAUUUGAGAGCAUUCCCACCUCUUUGCCAAUCGGCUGCAAGUACAUAAUAUUUGUUGCUCAGUGUACUCUUUGUUGGCUUGCUUUCUUUAUGCGGAAAGGACAUCACGCACCGUCGAACCAGCACCUGUUUUUUUUGUUUAACGUGCUACAUGCUGUCUCUUGUGAAGUGCUGAACAUUGGACUAAUCCCAUCAAAUUACUAGAAACACUUCACCACAGUGUCCAUUAUGGGACAUGACAACAGUUGUGGGAAACGUUUGUUUUUUUUUUAGUACUUGAUAGAAGUGUGUCAGCUGUGGACUAUUAGCCAUUAAGUCGAAUGAAAUUCUCUGUAAUGAUUCUGUUUGUUUGUCCAAAAGCUUGAGCAAAUUGAAUUGAUCAUGCGUGACUGUUUUGUGACGAGAGGCGGCCCUACUUAACUUAUUUAAGUACUCUCGAUUCCUGUAUAGAUAGCUCCAUCCACUUGCCAUGUGAAUAAUUUAAAAAUUGUAAGUUGUGAUUGUGCUGCCACCCAGUGGUGCUCUGUUGCUAUGUCAGUGUGUUAUUCAAGGCACUUCAAAAUAAGGAGGAAAGAAACAUG